GCGGCGGUGGCGUCGCUGAAAGCUGUCGCUCAGCUGGCGAAGUCUUCCCCUCUGGAAGCUCCCUAAUCUGUCGCCUCCGCCGCCGCCUACCCGGCGGCAGCGGCGGUGGCCUUGCUGGUGCCUCCCUCCUCUGCCACCUCCACCCCUGCCUGCUCACUUGCCGGUGCUGUGGAGAAGGCGGCGGCAGCUUUGGCGGCUCCACUAUGGCGGCGGCGGGGAGGGGGGACAGUAGUUUUAAAGUAGACACCUGCCCUUGCCUCAGAGAAGAUGACACCUGUGAAGGACAAGAAAGGUCUGCAUAUUUUACAGAUGAUUUUUGUCAAACAUGUGGAGUGGUACUGCAGCAUGAAUCAGAAAGGAUUUCACAUUAUAAGAGUGAAAUACAUGCUCAAAAUGUUAAGUUCUAUUUUCAAGUGCAUGGGGAACCAAACGAAGUGCCUGGUGGAAAAGUGAGCAUGCGUGUUGAGAAUUCUCAGGUGUACAAGGGUGAAGAAGUCAACAGAGGCAAAUUUAGUGGUUUCUGCAACAUGAGUUUUGACUCCACAGCCAUUGCUCAGGCUCAUUUUGUAGAAAAGAGCCAUGUGCAGAAUCCAAAACAAUUGCUGGAAGAACAUGACAGAGUCUCUCCAUCAGGAUGCCAACCAAAGAUGGCAUAUAGAAUGAGAACCUACGUAUGCCAUAUCUGCAGUAUCACCUUUACAUCUUUACAUAUGUUCCGGUCCCACAUGCAAGGAAGUGAACAUCAAAUUAAAGAAUCUCAUGUUAUCAAUCAAGUAAAGAAUUCAAAGACGAUACAGGAGUCUUACCAAGGUGAAUGUGCAGAUUAUAACAAAGUGAAGAAACCUAGAGAGCUAGAGUAUAAGGUUCAUUUCAGGAAGAUGGAGGAUAAUUACUUGGAAGUCCGUGGGUACAGAGAAAUGGUUGAUUCCAGACCCAGACAAAAAAUGCUUGAACAACAAGUUCCACUUGAAAAUUUCUGGACACAGCCAGGAUCAUACAAUAAUCCUCGAGCAGUAGAAGACCAGUUACCUCAUUGUUUACCAGCACAGUCAAAAACAUAUGACUCUUUCCAGGAUGAGCUUGAAAAUUACAUCAAAGAACAGAAGGCCAGAGGACUUGAUCCCAAUAUUAGUUUUAGACGGGUGACAGAAAACUAUAAGUAUAGGGAUCAUGGUUACAGAGAAAGGGUUGAGUCUGAACACAGACAAAGGAUGUGUGAGGAAAGAUUUUCAUCUGAGAGCCCACAGACCUACCAGCGACAAUACAAUGGCUCACCAGUGGAAGGCCAGUUACCUCACUGGUUACCACCUCAUUCAAAGAGGAGAAAUGAUGAUUUCCCAAAUGAAUUUGAUGAUUACAGCAAGGUGCAGGAAUCUAGAGAACCCAAGCCAAAGACAUCUUUUAGAAGAAUUGAUAGUGCUUUUGAAACUCAUGAUUACAGAGAAAUGGUUGACAGAAGAUCUAAGCACAGAAUGUUUGAGCAAAGAUUCCCGUGUGAGACUUUCCAGACUCACACAGAUCCAUACAGCAGUUCACAAGUUGUGGAAUAUAAGUUACCUCAUUAUUUACCAGCUUUUGAGAGCCAACGGAACCCAGACUCUGAUAGUUACUAUCAGUUCACAAGAGAUUGCUUCUCAGAAAAACCUGGUCCUCUGAGCCUUAGUCAGCAAGAAAAUAACCCUGGCUCACACAGUGUAGAAUAUGACAUAUACAAGGAACUGCCUUCAUAUGACAAUGCCAGUGCCCAUGAAACAAGUCAUAAAAGACGACAUCAGAAGAAAAGACGACAUCUGGGGGAAGAGAAAGAAAGGCCAGAGAAAGAACAGUCCAAGCAUAAAAGGAAAAGGAGCUAUCAGGAUAAAGAUUUAGACAAAGACAAGAACAUUGAGCAAACUAAAGGAGAGGAAGAUAAAGCUGGAGUCAGUUCUGAAAAACUGAAGCAUCGAAAAAAGAAAAGAAAACAUGAAGUGUCCUCAGAGAAAGAAGAACGUAAGCACAAGAAAGAGAAAAAGAAAUUUGUUGAAGAAAGAACAGAAGAGGAAAUCCUUUGGGAUGAGUCAAUUCUUGGGUUCUGAACUUACAAGAUACCCAAGAAUGGCUAAAAGAAAGCAAUAUUGAUUUAGAUAAAGAUAGGAGUGACUGGUGAAGUUAAGGAAAGGCAGGUAGAGUAUCAGCUCAAAAACCUUGAGGUUUUUUGUUUGCAAAAAUGAAUAUGAGAAAAGAAACACAAGAUAUCUAAAUCCAUCCUUUAAGAAAAUGUUUUAAGGUAAACCUACUCAAGAAUUUUGAACUUUUAGUUUUACUAUCAGAAGAGUGAAUCAAGAAAAUCACUGGGAAAAGUUCUGAGAAAAUUGAGAUAAAGCACUUCAAAUGAAGAGAAGAGAUAAAACUCUCUCUCUUCCUCCCUCCCUCUCUCUCCCUUUCCCUCUCCCUCUCUCUCUAUGUGUGUAUGUGUCCUCUGUUCUGCUCUCCUCUCUCACCUUCCCCUCUCUAUGUCACUCCCUCCUUUCAAAAUGUAAUUGAAAGUAGAACCAUAAAGUCUAAACCUAGCCUUCAAUAAGCAAGAACAAAAUACUAAGAAGAAUGGGAGAGGAAGAAACCUACUGAAGAAAAUCCAGAAGAUUUAGUGCUUUCUACUUUGCAGUUUUGUUCCCUUAAGGUUGAAGAAAGGUUUAAAACUUUGGGUUUUUUUUUUGAAAUUUGUGUUAUUUGUGUAUUUGUACAUGUGUACAGUUAAUUGCUAACAGAAGCCAGUUAAAGUCAAAAUGUUCAAUAUGCUUUUUAAAGUUACUUUCUCUGAUUUUAUAAGAAAGAAAAUUAUUCUAUUGCUUAUAUAUAAUAUGGUUUUCUUAAGUAGAGGUGUUUCUACUUUGUCCUUCAAGUUGCAAUGAAAAUGACUUGUUUGCUCAUGGAAACUAUGUACCUAAACAGUGAGUUACAAAGCAGUCUACAGCCAUACCACCCUGAAUUUUCCAACUCUUGUUUGGUUUUGGAAGAAUGGUCAGGCCUGAGGGAGACCAGACUUCUCAGAAUCCAUUCCUUUUAGAAUUUGUGUGAGUAUUGGUGGUAUUUUACUACUGUUGUGUAUUAAUGUUUAUGUUUUCUCCAAUGAAAAUGUAUGAAGCAACUUAGCCCUUUUUUGUUAAAUCUAAUUUGCAGUGUAUUUUUGUAUUUUCUAGUUCUGAAAGUGGAAAAUCAGUGUAUAAUAAAUUAGAUGAUAUAUACUUUUAAAAUGUUCUCCAAAGGGCUGAUAAAAAUCGGUCUAUAUUCUGAAAAAUGUUUAUAUUAAAGUGUUUUAAU